AUGGAUCGCUUCGUCUCCCGGAAGAGGCCCAGGAGCCCUCCACCACCAACAACCACUGACGAAGACUCCACCGACCUGAAAUUGGCCCUCUUGAUGUCACUCUUCCCAACCAUGACCCUGGAUACGCUGAUGGAAAUCUUGGUUUCGAGCAAUGGCUGCGUGGAAACAGCCUCAUGCACUAUUAAAGCUCAAACUCAAACCCAAAUCCAAUUUGGCUCUGCCUCUCCGUCCAAGAAACGCGCAAAAACCGUCCCAGGAACCCCAGCCAUCCAAACAUGCUUACCAUCAACUUCCCCGACCACCAUCACCAGACCUCUCACAAAGAAAGGCCAAACCCUCCACCUCUAUUCCCCUUCCUCCAUCGCCACUCACACUCCCUGCACCCUAAUCCACAACUUCCUCCCCCCAUCACUCGCAAAUGACCUCCUCACCGAACUCCUGUCCGAAUCCCCACACUUCACCAGACCCCACUUCCAACUGUUCGACCGAACAGUCCAAAGCCCCCAUUCAGCCAGCACUUACGUCUCCACGCCAGAAGACCACCACUCCCACACCUCGGAAUAUACUUACGGCGGCACCUACCGCUCCAACGUCCGGCAAAUCACCCCGCACAUGCGCACCGUCGCCGCCAAAGUCCAACACACCGUAAACGAACAGAUCAAAGCCCGGGGCCCCAAACUGCCCUUCCAGUCACCACUGGAAUGGACCCCCAACGCCGCAUUCGUGAACUGCUACGCUGGUCCCACUGAAAGCGUAGGCUGGCACUCCGAUGAACUGACGUAUCUCGGCCCGAGACCCGUCAUCGGGAGCUUGAGUCUAGGCGUGGAGAGGGAGUUUCGCGUCAGGAAGAUUCUCCCUGUUGACACCGACAAUGAGGACGAAAACAAUGGUGAUGAUGGAGGCCAAAUCUCUAUCCACCUCCCCCACAACUCCCUCCUCAUCAUGCAUGCAGAGAUGCAAGAAGAAUGGAAACAUGCCAUUGUCCCUGCUAGGACUGUUAUUCCGCAUCCUGUCUCCGGUACGGCGAGGAUAAAUAUCACCUAUCGGUGGUAUCGCGAGUCGUUGCAUCCGCGGUAUACGCCCCGUUGUCGGUGCGGGGAGCAUACGGUUUUGAGGUUGAAUGGAAGUAUUGGAAGUAAGUCAUAUAAUCCUGCCUCGAUCUAA